AUGGCCCGUCUGCUCAGCUUCCUGGCCCUGGUGGCCCUCUGCCUGGCCCUUGUCUCUGGCGAGCCGCUGCGGCAGCCUCUGCUGCGAAAACACCACCCUCGCGACGCUGCAGAGGACAAUGCCGUCUUCUUGCUGCACAAUCUCUCGCUCAAGCUCUUUCACAAGCGAGCUGCCGUGGCCGACCCGGUGCCUGGCGCUGCUGGGGCCGAGGAGGCUGCCCGCCGCAAGGUCCUGCGCCGCCAGAACACCGGCGACAUCCCCACGGCCACGCCAACGGGUACGGACUCUGACUCUGCCUCUCCCACUGCCUCUCCAAGCCCUACUGCGUCCCCUACUGCGUCUCCUCCUACGUCUCCUCCUGCUUCUCCUCCUGCGUCUCCCACGACGGACGGCUCAUCCUCUUCUCAUGCAGACACGCCCACAAAACCGCCCUCCAACUCGCCCACCAGCAACCCCCCUACCAAUCCUCCUACCAGCAGCCCUACCAAUCCGCCUACCAACAGCCCUACCAGCAGACCUACGGACUCUCCAACGGCGUCUCCAACGGACUCUCCAACUUCUUCGCCUACGCAGCCUCCAACCCGGCCUCCCACUAGCCCGCCUACCAGCUCUCCUACCAAUCCGCCUACCAGCUCGCCCACGGACAGCCCUACCAAUUCGCCUACCAGCACGCCAAACGAGACCUCCAACCAGCCUACAUCUCAGCCGUCCAUGACCAGCCAGAGACCAACCAGCCAGGACACCACUCUCGUCACCGAGACCUCGCCCACGCCCACGCCCACCAGGGCUUCCUCGGAGACCUCGCCGCCAGCCACCACCGAGCCGCCGUCCACCACCACCCGGCCUCGCUCCUCGUCCACCUCGACCUCCAUUGGCGUGGUCACCGAGGCCGACGGCUCCGUCCACACAUACACCUCCGUCGUGGUCGUCUAUCCAACGCCCUCUGACGGUGGCAACGGCGGGUCUCCAGCGUCUCCAACUGCCUCGCCAACGCUGCAGAACGGCGCUGCUCCCGUGGCCAGCGUCGGCCUGACCGGUGUCUUUGCCGCCGUCCUCGGUGGUGCCGUCGGUGUUGCUCUUGUCCUUUAA